GUGUUUUGGCUCUACUUUGCAGUUUUAUUGAAUUAAAAAUGUUAAUUUUAAGACAAUUGCGCAAACUGAAUGCAGUGCAACGACUGCAGCUGGGCGUGGACCAAUCGCGACGCACCCUCUCCGAUGCCAGCCUGCAAUACGACAAAGAUCCCCAGCCGCUAUUCACAGAUGCCGAAACGCAGCGGCUGCUUCAAUCCAUGACGCAACUGCAGCUGGAGAAGGUCUUCCGGAAGCGAACCGUUGCGGACAACAGCACGGAAACGAAAUUCAUGACCACCGCACAGCUAGAAAAGGAGUUUGUGCUAACCAUCGAAAAAGCCAAGAAAUUACUGCAAAUGCCGCCAGUUGUGCAGAUCAAAAAGGACACCGAGCGCAUCAUAUCCAAAGAUCCGGCACUAAAAGACUUUGACAAUUCAAAGUACGUUUUCACCGACAUCAGCUUUGGUCUGCGUCCAUCGGAGCGCAAGGUGGUGGUACGUGAUGUGGACGGCACCUUGGCCUAUGCCCCAUUAGAGACCCAAAAGCGCAUGAAUCAAUUGUAUUUCCCCCUGGAUGGCCGCAGAUCCUACACGCCGCGCAUGUUCAGCGAUGAGCAGUUGCUGCAGCGUUGCCUGGACGAUCACAAAUAUGAGUUCAUACUGGAUCGCCUGACGGUGCAAUACGAGCCCUACGAGGCCGAGUUCCACAACAUUUCAGCCAAAGUCUUUACGCAUUUGAAUGAAUCGAAGCAAUUCGAUCUGCUCCGCUCUACCCGACACUUUGGACCCAUGGCCUUCUUCUACGCUUGGCAUCGGUGCAUCGAUGAUCUGCUGUACGAUAUGAUCCGACGCGAUUAUUUAUACAAUGGCGUCCAGCUGAUCGCGCUUAGCUAUAAGAUACACAACGUGCCCGUGGAAUAUGGUAAAACGCUUAGUCAGCUAGAGGCACUGCAGCCAACGCCCGCUGAGCGUGCGCUCGAGGAGCUGCUCAGCUGCUUGAAGAAGCCAUCCGAGAAGGGCAUUGAGCAGGAGAUCCAAACGGCCAUUGGCAAAACGGAGCAAGAUUUCGCAGCCGACGAAAUCAGCCUGAAAUUCAUCGAACAAUACAUUGGAAGCGAACAUGCGCUCAAGAAGGUGCAACUAGAGCUGGCGGUGCAGACGCUCAAGGAGGUGAAUCUGGAGAAGCUGCAGCUGUUCAAGGGCUUGAAGAAGGCCCACGGCGUGCAAGCCACAUAAGAUAAAAAUCAAACAUC